CCUCGGAGCGCUGGGGCUACCUAGCGGGGCUAGGCGGGCGGCUGGCCUCGCUGCACCUGCGGGCGGGGGCGGCGGAGGACCUGUGCAUGCAGGGUCGCAGUGGCGCACUGGCAGCGCUCACUCGCCUCACCGCCCUGCGCCUCUCAGCGGAGGGGGGCAAGAUCGACGGCCUGCGCGGCCUGGUCCGCACCCUGUCCUGCGUGGCGCCCUCCCUGGUGUCCCUGCGCCUGUGCCGGCUGGCCACCCGGCGCGGCACCGACCCGCGGGUCACCGAGCUGUCCCUGCCGUCGCUCACCCGGCUGGACUUCCGCGG